AUGUCGACAGUUUACUCAACAACUAAAUCAGUGGCGGCUAUAUGCGUUGCUAUGGCAGUAGAUCGUGGCUAUUUGGAUUAUGAUCAGAAAGUGUCUCACUAUUGGCCAGAUUUUGCACAGAAUGGAAAGGAAGAUAUAACAUUGAAACAACUUGUUAACCACGAGGCGGGACUUGCAGUUCCAUACGUACACCCGGAUAUUACAACAGUAAGAGACACUGACAAACUAUUCAAACUAUUAGCUAAGACAACACCUACAUGGGAGCCCGGAACAGCACAUGGCUACCACGCCAUCACGUAUGGCUGGUUUUUAAGUGGUGUAUUGCGACAUGCAGACCCAAAACAUAGAACUAUUGGACAGUUUUUCAAGGAAGAAGUGGCAGAUGUAUUUGGUAUUGAUUUUUACAUCGGGUUACCCAAAGAGGAGUAUUACAGAGUAGCAAGAUUGCAACAUCCCGGUAUGCCGGCGUUUAUGAAGCAAAUAUUCAACUCAAAAUAUAGACUCGUAAUGCAAGAUCUCAUCUUUAGACCUAAUAGUCUGAGUAAUAGGGCGUUCAUAUACACCGAUCUCUUCGGACCAGAUGAACGGCAAAAUACGUACUCAUUACAGUCAUUAGAAAUCCCAUCAGCUACAGGUAUUGGUACAGCCAGGGCAUUGGCUAAAUUAUAUGCUAUAUUGAAUAACGGAGGUGAGUGGGAAGGAAAACGAUUGCUAUCAAGUGAACUCGUCAAGAAAUUCACCGAAUGUAAUGAGUAUAGGGUAGAUGAAAUAUUGCAUACUAAGAGGGACUACUGCCAUGGUAUGACAAGUAAACAACCUUACGAGUCAUUCCGCGUAUUCGGGCACGAAGGUCACGGAGGUCAAGGAGCCUAUUUCGAUCCAUUUACAAACUUAUCAUUAGCAUACACCACGACAAAGCUAUCCGCAUAUGGUAUGGGUGAUGAUGCACGAUAUUUAGCACUUGUGAAAUCAACAUAUGAUAGCAUUAAGAAUAUGGAAAAAGAGAAAAUAAAAAAAUAA